UCCCCAGCCUCUCUUCCAUUAUGAGGAUCUGACAGAUUAGUCUGAUCAUCAUAACUGUUACAUAUAGCGAGCCCAAGACUGGAUGAGUGGUUUCCAAGAGAUACGUCUUGAGUCUUUUGGUGGCUUUUAGUAUUUGUUGGGACAUUGCAAAGUCUUAACAAGCAUGGAUUUCAUAAGGAGUGCACCCAUCCCAGGACUGCAAGUACUUGUUCUUCUUGUAUACGCUAUUGGUCCAAAUUUGGCAGAGCAAGAAGUGGAGAAUCUUUCAGGUCUGUCCACUAAUCCUGAAAAAAACAUUUUCGCCAUAAGAGACAAUGGGACCACCUGCCUUAUGGCUGAAUUCUCAGCAAGGAUAGUUGUUCCCUAUGAAGUUCCUUCCAGUAAUGAAGUAGAUUGGGACACGGAAGACGCUACCAUCCAGCUGCCCAGAGAUACUGAAAUUAAAGGAAAAUGCUGGAACAAUGAGUCUGAACUGCAUUUGUCAUGGUUAGACAAAUCUUACACGCUGAAGUUGUUCUUUGUCAAGGAUGCUCAGGACUUCACAAAGUCCACCGGAAGGAGCUGGAAAAUGAGCAAAGUUCAGUUUUUGUAUGAUCCUUCAGAGCGCACACAUUUUAAAGCUGGAGCGAGACCUGGGAAGCAAACCGCUACUAGUCAUCACUUGUCUCUUAUGACCACACCAGUUGGAAUGUCCUAUGAAUGUGAGGCGACUGAGAAGGUCAGCCUGGUCUCCAGUGACCAGAAGAAGAUAGUGGUCUUGUUCCUGUCUGAGGUCCAUAUACAGCCAUUUGACAUUAAGAGUGACUUUGUCUUCAGCGAAGAGUACAAAUGCCUCACUGAUCAGAGAAAACAGCUGGAAGAAACCCUGCCUCUUAUUUUAGGCUUAAUCCUGGGACUAGCCAUUGUCAUCAUUCUAGCUGUCUACCACAUUCAUCAUAAGAUGACAGCCAAUCAAGUGCAAAUUCCUCAAGACCGAUCUCUGUACAAGCACAUGGGAUAAGCAAAGACUUCAAGUAUAAAAUGCAAAGCAUACUGACCAUCAGGUAGAGAGGCCAAAAGCACUUUGUCUUCCUGUAAAUGACAUCCAUUUCCCUUUUUAUCUGUGAUCUUCUUUUUGCACUGGAAACAAGUAUUGUGCCAUAGUAUUCCAGUGUAGAACACGUGCCAGCAUCAGCGUAUAACUUAUUUGAAUCAUGAUUUUUAAAUGCCUGGUUUCUAUGACCUUAAAAUGCUUCUAAGUCUUGAAUGACACAUAUUUGCACAUAUCACCUAAGAUCCUCUCGUGUAGAACCUAUGCAUGUUUAAUAUUUAUAACAAGCUUAACUCUAUAAAGAGAACCUAUAAAUAUUGUUAAAUAAUAUAAAGCUUUAGAUUCUAUUUUCUAAGGACAAUUCUAAACACCAAAAUUGUCACACAAUGUGCUUUUCUACAAUACGUAUUGAACGCUGACAUUAAAGCCAAUUGAAACUUUCCUGUUAUGACAAUUAUUUGAGCAAGUAGCUGGGGCAUGCUGUAUGUUGUAUUAGUGUUACAAUCACAUUGUAUAAAAUACAAAGCUCUGAUUACUAUGUAUU